AUGGGAAUCUUAACAUCUGCUCCUCAGGGCUGCAAGGAUCAAGUGCCCCAGUUUGCUUUAAUUCAUAUUCCAUCUUGUGUUUCAGAGGGCGUCAUUUUAAAAGAGAAAAGCUUCCAGGGUGUUUUGGAGUUUAAGAAUGUGCGUUUUGCCUAUCCGGCUCGCCCGGAGGUGCCCAUAUUUCAGGAUUUCAGCCUGCCCAUCCCAGCCGGAUCUGUCACAGCCCUGGUUGGCUCAAGAGACUCUGGCAAAUCAACAGUGGUUUCCCUCCUACUGAAGCUGUACGACCCCAUUUCUGGAGCUAUCAGUCUCCAUGACCAUGACAUCCGUCAGCUAAAUCCAGGCUGGCUGAGGUCCAAGAUUGGGACAGUGAGUCAGGAGCCAAUUUUGUUUUCUUACUCCAUCACCGAGAACAUUGCUUAUGGUGCCGAUAACCCAUCCUCAGUGACUGCUGCGCAGGUGGAGAGAGUGGCUGCACUGGCCAACGCAGUCACGUUCAUUCAGAAUUUCCCCCAGGGGUUCGACACUGUGGUCGGAGAAAAGGGUGUUCUCCUUUCAGGAAAGAAUUUGGGCAUGAGACAGAGGAGUAGCUGUAAGCAAGGAAGCAGCUGUAGUGGGGAAGGGCAUGCAUCAGAAUGGAUGGGCACUCUGCAGAAGGAAUCAGAGAGGGUGACUAGCCAUGCACACUGGGGUAAGCAAGGUUACAUAUUUUAUCUUUUUUUUUAAGAUUUAUUUAUUUGAAAGGCAGAAUUGAAGAGAGGCAGAGGCAGAAAGAGAGAGAGAGAAUCUUCCAUCCACUGGUUCACUUUCUAGAUAGCCACAAUGGCUGGAGCUGCAGCAGUCUGAAGCCAGGUGCCAGAAGCUUCCUGCAGGUCUCCCAUGUCGGCUCAGGGGCCCAAGUACCUGGGCCAUCUUCCACUGCCUUCCCAGGCCAUAGCAGAGAGCUGGAUUGGAAGUGGAGCAGCCAAGACUCAAAUCAGUGCCCACAUGGGAUGCCGGCACUGCAGGUGGCACUAUGCCUCAGUGCUGGCCCAUGAAGGUUACAUAUUUUAAUGGAGAGAAUACACCUGCCAGGCCAGGUAGGCAGGCAGGCAUCUGAGGAGAUACUGAGAGUCAGUCUGGAUUCAAUCUGGGGCAUAUAAGGGAACAAGGUCCAGGUCCAGUUCUUCCUGCCUUUCUCCUUCUCCCUCUCCUUCUUCUCCUGGACAAAGAGUUUGCUGGGUGUGAAAUAGGUAAAAUUCCUCUCAAGGCUUUAUUGCCCAUUGUUACCAGCCUGGUUAGCCCACCUGUCCCCAGGCAGAGGAGGUUCCCCUGGGGUGCCUUCUUUAUAGGAAGACUGUGAUCAUCUGUAAAGUUAUGGGAUAUGGACAGGACUUUGUAAUAUAAAGUACUAGGUGAGGCCAGCACUGUGGCACAGCAGGUAAAGUACCGCCUGCAGUGCCGGCAUCCCAUAUGGGUGCUGAUUUGAGUCCCAGCUGCUCCACUUCCAAUCUGGCUCUCUGCUAUGGCCUGGGAAAGCAGUAGAAAAUGACCAAAUUCCUUGGGCCCCUGCACCCUGCAUGGGAGACCCGGAGGAAGCUCCUGUCUCCUGGCUUCAGAUUGGCACAGCUCCAGCCAUUGAAGCCAGUUGGGAAGUGAACCAGCAAAUGGCGCUCUCUCCCUCUCUCUGCCUCUCCUCCUCUCUCUGUGUAACUCUGGCUUUCAAAUAAAAAAUCUUCUUUUAAAAAAGUACUGCACAGCUUCCAAGGUGUGUUUCCAAGACUGCUACAUUCCUAUCCACAUGUGCUUUGUUUUCCUUAGGCCCCUGGUAACACACAGAGGCUAAUUUCCAACUUCCUAAGCUAACAUUCCUCCCUCAAGAGAAGUUACCCGUCAUCUUAUGGGGGUAGAGUAGGUGAAGGUCUAACUUGUGUAUCUUCUAAAAGAUGACAUAUGGAGGUACUGCUGCUUAUGGAUGUUCUUCUGUUGCUCUCUGUCCUAUGCUGUUUGAGGUUGGCUCUGGUAAAGAUUGUCCUGCAUGGCCCAGAGGACUUGUCAUAUCAUCCAGUGGGGUAGGCUGGAAGCCCUAUCCCAUGACCAUCUGGAGCCGAAUGGCUUUCAUUCUGUUGGAGGCAAAACCAACAAGAGCAUUGAAGACACGUGACCCAAAGAGCAUCAGUAAGGGCAUGGAAGCUUUAGUGCCAAGGAAGGGCAACAGCCAGUAUUCCCAUGACCGGAUGUUAGGUGAAAAAUCCCAGCUUUGAUCAGCCUGGUCCUGGAAUUACGUGGCCUUCCCCAAGAAAGGAUGGCCAUGUACCUGUGCAGCUUGAUUCACCUGAAGGCAACAUUCUUCCUGGAGCGUGGCACAGAAACCCCCUUGGGCAGCAGUUAGCACAUCUAGGGUCUGCCUGUUUUGAAGGACUGAGUUUAGCCACCCUAGCACAGGGGCCCUCGUCAUGACAGCUUUUA